CCACGUCAGCACCACUCAUAAACAACAACUGAGCGCACCGAAUCUUUCCUCUUCGUCGUUUUGGAUAAUCGGACUCAACACCCUUCUCUCAAAUAUGGUUAACCCGACCAACAAAUCCAGAUUCAAAUCCGGUCCAACUUGAAACAAAACCUACCCAUCAAGUCCAUAAUCAAAAUUUAAAAUCACCACUCUAUCCUCCUUCCAUCGGCCAGAACAAAAAUGGUGUUCUCAUUUUGACUAAUAGCAAAAAGAAGAAAGAAAUUUUUUCUUUUGGGUUGCGAACAGAGAAAAGAGAUAAAUGGAAGGAGGAGGAGCUGCGUGUAAUCCUCGAACGGUGGAAGAGGUUUUUAGGGAUUUCAAAGGACGAAGAGCUGGCAUGAUCAAAGCUCUCACCACAGAUGUUGAAGAAUUUUAUCAGCAGUGUGAUCCUGAGAAGGAGAAUCUGUGCUUGUAUGGCUUCCCAAGUGAACAAUGGGAAGUCAAUUUACCUGCUGAGGAAGUACCUCCUGAACUACCAGAACCUGCCUUGGGUAUUAACUUUGCAAGGGAUGGAAUGCAAGAAAAGGACUGGUUAUCUUUAGUUGCUGUCCAUAGUGAUGCAUGGCUGCUUUCAGUUGCCUUCUAUUUUGGUGCAAGAUUUGGAUUUGAUAAAGCUGACAGGAAACGGCUUUUCAACAUGAUUAAUGAUCUUCCAACGAUAUUUGAAGUUGUAACUGGUGCUGCUAAGAAACAAACAAAGGAGAAGUCAUUGGUUUCGAAUCACAGUAGCAACAAAUCAAAGUCCAAUUCCAAAGUGGCAAAGUAUCCAAAAGCAUUGCAGCCGAAGGACGAAGAGGAAGGCUUGGACCAGGAAGAUGAAGAAGAGCAUGGAGAGACAUUGUGUGGGGCUUGUGGUGAGAACUAUGCAUCGGAUGAAUUCUGGAUUUGUUGUGAUGUCUGCGAGAAGUGGUUCCAUGGGAAGUGUGUGAAGAUCACUCCAGCCAGAGCUGAGCACAUUAAGCAGUACAAGUGCCCAUCAUGCAGCAACAAGAGAGCUCGCCCAUGAAUGAUAUCAUAAAUAUAUGCUCUCUCCAUUUAUACUGUACUCUUGGUGUACUCUUUUAACCGUCAUGUUAAUCAGUUACGGUGUCUUUGAAGUAGACUAGUGCAGCAUGUGAAUGGUCACUUUGGUCUAGGAAAUCUCAGUUUUUCAAUAGUACUGUUUAUUUGUAGUUUAGUUUAUGAUAAUUCCCUUGAGAAACAUUUGGAAAUCCUUUAUAUUUGAUAGGGAAUUCUCUUCAUCAAUAUCUGUUUGAUGAUGCAGGUCACAUUCUCAUGCGUACUCACUAGAGUCCGUAAAGCGCUCAGAAAUUCAUGUUUACUCACAUUUAUGUUUUCUAAAUACGAAACUUAUCCCAUGGAAAUGGUGCAUUAAUUAA